GCCGCGCGUGAGCCCCGGCCCCGCGGAGACAUGAGCGCCCCGCGGCCCGACGCACCCGAGGCGCAGCGGCCCGGCCCCGCGGCCCCGUGAUGGGCUCCUGCGUGUCGCGAGAUCUGUUCACAAGUGCCCACAAGGACUGUCCCAUGCCCCAGGGCACGGACCCCCUGAACCCGGACUUGCCCUCCGGGCACCACCCUACUAUUGCUCCAGACCAUGUCACUGGCAAGGACAAACAGAUGGAUUUCUGUUGGGAUCCUUGGCAGAGGUGCUUCCAGACCACCAACGGCUACCUGUCCGACUCCAGGUCCUGCUCCAGCAACUACAACGUGGCGGCUCUGGCCACCUCGUCCCUUGUGGGGGUGGUGCAGAGCAUCAAGGACCACAUCACAAAGCCCACAGCCAUGGCGCGUGGCCGCGUGGCCCACCUCAUCGAGUGGAAGGGCUGGCGUGCCCAGCGGUCAGGCUGGGAGCUGUCCCCCGCCGACGACGAGCAUUACUGCUGCCUGCCGGAUGAGCUGCGCGAGGCCCGUUUUGCCGCAGGGGUUGCUGAGCAGUUUGCUAUCACAGAAGCCACGCUGAGCGCCUGGUCCUCGCUGGACGACGAGGAGCUGCACCCCGAGAACAGCCCUCAGGACAUCGUCCAGCUCCAGGACCUGGAGAGCGUCUACCUUCAGGACAGUCUUCUGAGCGGCCCGUCGCAGGAUGACAGUCUUCUGGCCUUCUCUUCCCCUGGCCUCUCCCCCGAUGGCUGGCCCUCACCCAACGAGCCCCCCAUCACACCAGCUGUGGGCGCCCAGCCCCCCAGCCCCGAACCGCAGCAUGGGCAGCGGCUGCCUCGAGGCCCGGGGCCUGAGGGUGGUGCCCGUCUGCAGGGAUCCCUCCCCUCGGUGGACAGCAUCUCCCUCUCGGAGGAGGAGGAGGAGGACGAGGUGUUCUAUAACUGAGGAGGGGGCUGUAUGCCCCGGAGCCUCUUCAUACUGUGACCCUGCCGGUGGGCUGCCCAGGCGGAUCAGGACACUGGGGUCCGGGCUCGGUGUUUCUUGGCCCCUCAGGGCAGGCAGAGGGUGGGUGCGGUGGGGACGGGGGCCAGCACUCCUUGCGGACCAUUCUGUGCCUCCGGGGACCUGCCCCGGCAGUGGGAGCCAUAAUCCCCCUUCUUUGUUCACCUGGCCCCAGCGAGCACCUUCCCCUGCAGGGUUUCUGUCCUCCCUGAGCUCCAGGACCCUCAGCAGACACAGGGCAAGCUGCCCGGGGGAGCCCGCAGCGGACAGCCAGCCACAGAAGGACCUGGGAGACCCACUUGGAGUGGGGCCCCGGAGACCCUGCCUUGAGCCCGGGGCCCUGUCCUCCCCUCCCUCCGUGUUUGUGUCUCCCAUCAGAGGUGGGACCACCUCUCUGGUAGCUAAGUGUCUGCUCCUCAGCUCCCUUCACGAGGAUCUCCGUCUUUGGAGCGUCUGUCCGUCCCUCACUCUCUGUACCUGCUCCCUGGUGCCCCUGCCCCCUUCCUCGCACCCCCCUCCCACCUCCCUGAAGGUUCUCUGCAGACAUUAAAGUGGUGGAUUCACCUGGA